UUUUCCAGCUUCACCUUCGAUUCAGAUCCUUCUCUCGUCAACAAAACCAAAAGCAAAAGAUGGACUCCGAUCGGACCUUUUUUCACUACAGCCUCCUCAGUCUCUACCUAAUCGCCCCACCAACAUGGAUCAGCCUUUACUUCCUCCAAGCCCCUUAUGGCAAGCACAACCGCCCUGGUUGGGGUCCCACCAUUUCUCCUCCUUUGGCUUGGUUCUUCAUGGAAAGCCCCACCCUCUCUCACUCUCUGCUCUUCCCUUUCGGCCGACAUUUUUCCAACCCCAAAUCAUUCAUUCUCAUCUCCCCGUUUCUCCUUCACUACUUCAAUCGCACCGUGCUUUACCCUCUUCGCCUCUCGAGGAACAAAAACGCUAAAGGUUUUCCGGUGAGUAUAGCUCUCACGGCGUUCGGGUUCAAUCUGUUGAAUGCUUAUCUGCAAGCGAGGUGGGUUUCUCAUUACAAGGACGACUACGAGAGUGAUGGGUUUUUUUGGUGGAAAUUUCUCGGUGGGCUGCUGAUAUUUGGGGUUGGGAUGAAGGUGAAUAUGUGGGCUGAUGAAGUGCUGGUAGGGAUGAAAAAGCAGGGUGGCGGUGGAUAUAAGGUUCCGAGUGGAGGGUUGUUUGAGUUGGUGAGUUGCCCAAACUAUUUUGGAGAGAUUUUGGAGUGGUUUGGGUGGGCGGUGAUGACUUGGUCUUGGGUGGGUUUUGGGUUCUUUUUCUAUACUUGUGCUAACUUGAUGCCUAGAGCUCGUGCUAGCCGCCAUUGGUAUUUAGAGAAGUUUAAGGAUGAGUUUCCCAAGAAGAGAAAAGCUGUGAUUCCAUUCAUGUAUUGAAAAGAUUUGAUGUAAUCACAAGAUACAGAAGACGAAUAAAAGUGUCAUUUGAUUGA